UCUCGCCCUCGCCCUCGCCCUCUCUCGACGUACAAGCACCCAUCCCAUACCAUACGCACAGGAGCGGUGCGUCAGGCGCGCGGCGCGGUAGCGGAGGUAGCGCUCUGGGCCAGGUCGACAAUAUACGCAGGUGAGAUUGCGAGGUGCCCAUCGCAGAUGGAUGAUGGGGCCAGCCCUCCUGCGCACGUAUGUAUGGUAUGCGCGCGCACUCACCACAUCCGUAACCCAGAUAGCACACACACACACACACAUGCAAUGCGCGCUCUGCCCGCCGGGUAUUGCUUGCUCGCUCGCACAUGGCGCAAGCUGCGCAGGUAGCAUUCCCGGCGCGCGCUCGCAUGAACCGACCCAAGCCCAGCUCAUCUCGUCCAACCCAACCGAGCCGAGCCGAACCAAACCGCGCCGACGAUAGUUCUAGCUAUCGAUGUGGCAAUCUUGCGUAGCAUCUACACAUAUAUCUAUUCCCCUUGUCCCGCUUCGACAACUCUCCCCUGCCACCCUCCCCCCCCCCGUCUCGGAGCUUAGCUGUUGCGACGUAGCAGCAUAGCAACUUGUACAUACGUACGCGUGCGUAUGUACGUGUACAUAGAGGCAGUCAUGUUCGUCAGGAGACAGGACGAACCCGGCCCCGCGACAUGCACACGGCAGGCAUUCUCGCGUAGUUAGGGCCUAUCUUUACGCUCAGCAUCCCGCGCCCACGCGCAACGGACGGUGCAGAAACGAGGCAGCAGCAGAGGAGAGAGAGAGAGAGAAAGAGAGAGAGGCAGAUCGCCGGACGAGCCCCGUUCACCCCCCGGGACGGGAGGAGAGAAGAAGGGGGGG